GCAGUGCGUGUAUUGAAUUGCAUUCAACAUGCUCAAGGGCGCUACAGUCACACAACAUGCAGGUUAAUUAUGGGAAAAUGCUCUUAUGAGAAGGAAGAGGAUGAAUGUCCCGUUUUUACCAUGUCAGCCAUACACUAUCCAUAACAAAAUUGGCUCCAGAUCAAUUUCAUCUUAUAGGAUGAACUGAUGGAAAUAAUUUGAGCUAUCAAGUUGGAGUGACAAGUGGAGGAAGAAGCAGACCAGGAAAUAGUCAUUCUUCUUGAACUGAAUCAUAUUGGUUGUACAUCAGUUGUAUCGUUGCUGCGAUUCGUUCAUGAUGUCGAACCGGUUUGCUUGUAGCUACUGAAGAUUGGUGGUAUGGACUCUUCUUUAGGAAUCCGGAGGGAUGUCUGGAAAUAUUGACUUUUCGAGGCCAUCAAGUAAUUUCGAGGCCACCAAAACUAGAACAUCCAACAUGUAUCCUGGACAUGGAGGUUAUGUGGCACGACCUCGGACCCCUCCCCGGCCUGAAAAACCUGAUAAACGUCCGAGUGUGUCAAGUCUGGAUGCAGGAAUUAAAACAUUACCUGGUCCAGAGGAUUUCCCUCGGACACUUACCCUGGACCUACCAUCGGAUGAAAGGACCAGUGACCUGGCAAAGCUGUUGUGUGAAAUGAAACUACCCCAAUGUGUCAAACUUAAUGAGUCUUUCGUCGUUCCUGGUUGCAGUACAGCACUCAGAGAAGGAGAUAUUUUCCUGCUUCACUUCAUCUACGAGAACGAAACUGUUCAUGCGACUACAUCCAAAGGAAAGAAUCUACGGCUGCCAAUUUAUGCUCAACAGAAGUAUGAGAUCCUCCCUCUUGAUCCACGGUUAGACGAUGUCUCGUACUGUGGAACGAAAGCACUGAUGGAUGCCGACCCUCUCCCUACCGCAGUCCGUGUGGUGGAAGCCCAUUGCUCCAUCAGGAAAGAUGAAGAUCAAGAGGCUGAUGAGAUUAUUCAAAUCCAUGGAUUCGAGGAGGAUGAAGAAAGAGGCAGGCUUCUGAUUGGUAUGUCUGGUUCAUCACCUAUCAGAUACUCGACAGAUUUAAAUACCAGUCAGUAUACCACCAUGUUAUCCCCAGACUUCCAUCCCAUGGCAGAAGUGAUAGAACGCAAGUUCCCUCAGAGAGUUCGGAUACCCGACGAGAAGAAAAGUUUCGGAGAGAGAAAUUUCAAAGAAGAGAAGGUCUUAAACCUGAAGAAGUUCUCCCUUGAUAAAUGCGUUAUAGCAACCCGGGCCGGCGACGAUCACAUUUACUCCAUUCCACUGACGACGCCCAUGAAGAUGGUUCAUAAUCCCAUGGCCAUGAAGGACAAGCACGUCCUAUCAAUACUACCAGCCUUGUACCCCCUUGUUAACACCAGCUGGGGCGUGGUAGACCCGACUCAGGAAGCGCUGAACACAUCCAUGGAGGCCAUUCCACAACCUAUACGACUAGUAAUGGACGUCUGGUUUAAUAGUGAAGAAGGAAAGAGAAGGGCAUGCGACGCGUCGAAUACGCGAGUUGAGAACCUGAAAGAAACAAUCGAAAUGACACUCCUCGAGAUGAGACGAAUGAAAACAGACCUUGAUUUCUUCAAGAACAAGAACUCUGCCCUGAACCGCUCCCCAGACCAACCACCCCCGCUGCGGCCACCAAGAACUCCCCCUUAUCAACCAAAACCAAAGCAACUACCUGGCCUACCAGAGGAGUCGUCGAAUGACCGACCCAAGAUUCCCCCUCGUCCUCCAAAUUCCAGGAAAAGCUCUGUAAGCUCUACAAACGGAAAUAAUGAUCAGUUGUAUGAUGACUAUGAGUUAGUGACCGAUAUAACGAGCCCAUUCCCGAAAGACACACCGGGCGAUGUGAUGAAAGCAGUUCGAGAGGUUUUGGCAAAGAAAGAAAUGGAGCUACAAGAGAAAACACAGGAACUGAGUCACUGGAAAAAACAAUAUGAAACUGUGAAAAAAGAGAAUGAGAGUCUGAAAAAAGCCGCUCCCCCCGUGGUCUAUGAAGAAUUACCAGACUUCCCACAGCCAGAGGGAGACUAUCUGGAGCCGAACCCUUCGAAUCUUCUGCCCCGGACCCUCCCCUUGAGAAAUUACACAGUGCCGCAAGUUGGGGAAUUUCUGCGGAAGCAUGAGCUGGAUAAAUAUGUUGACAUCUUUCGAGCGAAUGGCGUUGAUGGCAAGUUUCUUUUGGCCCUAACUGAUGAGCAUAUGUCGGAACUACAGAUGACACGACUUCAUUCUCUCAAGCUGACACUUGAGGUUAAAAAACUGGAACUACCCCCCUUGCCUCUUUGAUAGGUGAUUUCUAACGCCAUGAUAGGCGGCGACAUUCAAAGAGCUCUAAAGCUCGUCACUUUACUACAUGUAAACAAAAAUACAUCUUGUAUUCUUAUACACUG